CGCCCUCCGCUUGGCACAUCCCCCCCAAAUGCAGUGCCACACACGAAGGUAGUUCCUUUUUCCCUCUUUCCCCUCCCACGCCCCUCUCGCACCUCCUAGACAUUGUUCCUUACAGCUAUGGCGGAGGCUACGGCGCCCAAGUCAUACAGCCUAGAUGCUGUCAAGAAGCCCCUGAAGAGGGCCCGCGUUAAUCGUCCCUCGAAGCUGCGUACGAGCAUCACCCCCGGCACAGUGCUCAUCAUCCUCGCCGGCCGCGACAAGGGCAAGCGCGUCGUCUUCCUCAAGCAGCUCGAGUCCGGCCUCCUCCUCGUCACUGGUCCCUUCAAGGUGAACAGGGUUCCCCUGAGGAGAGUGAACCAGCGCUACGUCAUCGCCACGUCGACCAAGGUGGACGUGAGCGGCUCUGACGUGGCCAAGUUCGACGACAGCUACUUCGCGGGCGAGCAGAAGAAGGAGAAGAAGAGCGAGGGCGAGUUUUUCGAGACCGAGAAGAAGGAGAAGAAGGUGGUGUCGCAGGCGAGGAAGGAUGACCAGGCUGCGGUGGACGACAAGAUCCUGGCGGCCGUAGCCAGCGAGCCCCUGCUCAAGGAGUACCUCUCUGCCCGCUUCUCACUUACGUCUGGAGACAAGCCCCACCGCAUGCAGUUCUAGAUGCCGCUACUUCUGGUGUUGCUGCCGCUGUGUCAGGCGGCAAGGGGAACAACUGUGUUCUCUUAUAGCCUCCACUGUUCCUAUGAGCAUGCUUGUAACGUUUACAGAGAAAAGCUAUUGUUACCCAAUUCGUGUGAGUAGAGUUGCUGUGCGCUUUCCACGACGUCCUAGGACAAUCCUAUGUGUAAUGAGGAAGACUACUGUGGAAGGCGUUACAGGUCAGAUGUCAAAACCAAGACAAAAAACUGCUGCUGUUCCA